AAAAAAAAGGAAGGAAGAGACCAGCCGCUUCCUCCUCCUCCUCCUCCUCCUCCUUCCCAGCUAUAUAAGUUCUUCCCAUCAUGUCCUUAUCCUCGGAUAAUUAACUCGAUGUCCGCAAUCCUCUUCCGGUCCAAACUGCGGGCGGUCGCCUCCGUCGGCCGCCGGAUCUCCACAUCCCGCUCGGGAGAUCCACUCGGCGUGGCAGCCUCUCGCCGCCGCGAACUCCUCUGCCAAAUCCGCCGCAGAUCGGACGACGCUGGCGCCGGUAGCGGUGGCCUUGAAGUGCCUCAAGUGCGGCGGAUCCGAGCGGAGGCCAACUGCCCCCGCUGCUCGAAGCACAUGGAGGUCCUUUUCUCCUCGCAAUCUCCGCCGCCGCCUCCGCCAGCUGUAUUGGCCGGGACCGGUGGUCGCGGAGGGGGUUACCAGGCCAUCAAUCUGUGCCCUAGCUGCCGGUCCGCCUUCUAUUUCAGGCCGAAUCGGCUCGUGCCGCUUCAGGGAAGCUUCGUAGAGAUAGGGAGGGUAGCGGGGGAGGAGAAGGGGGGAGGUGAUGGUGGUGCAGGAGAGGAAGAGACGGGUAACCGGAUCAAGAACUCGUUCUGGGAUUUGCUGCGGGCCAUGUACGGCGGGGAUCCUCCGGAACUUUGGCCACCAAUGCCGGGCCUCCCGGGGCCACCAACGCCUCCAGGGGGGAAAGAACUAGCGAUUCACACACCACCAGGGCCGCCGUUGCCUCAACCUCAUCAGGAAUUAGGGCGCUCAAAGAAGAAUGGAAGGGUUGGUAGAGGCGCAGGAUCUGUUGUUUUGGGUAAGGAGAGCAAGGAGGCUUGGGGAGGAUCCAAUCUGGGGAAAGAUUUGCCAACGCCCAAGGAGAUCUGCAAAGGGCUCGACAAGUUCGUAAUUGGGCAGGAACGUGCUAAAAAGGUACUAUCUGUGGCUGUUUACAACCAUUACAAAAGAAUCAGUCAAGCAUCUCCAAAGAAAGGUUCAGGGCCUGAUUCUGAAAAUGUUGAGGUAGAAAAAAAUCCCCAUGAUGAUGUGGAGCUCGAGAAAAGCAAUGUUCUGUUGAUGGGACCGACAGGAUCAGGAAAAACUCUACUGGCAAAAACAUUGGCCCGGUUUGUUAAUGUCCCAUUUGUUAUGGCAGAUGCAACUAGUUUAACACAGGCGGGUUAUGUUGGAGAAGAUGUUGAGUCAAUAUUAUACAAGUUACUAAUGGUAGCAAAUUUUAAUGUGCAAGCAGCUCAACAAGGCAUUGUCUACAUUGACGAAAUUGAUAAAAUUACUAAGAAGUCUGAGAGUCUAAACAUCAGCAGAGAUGUUUCUGGAGAAGGUGUUCAACAAGCAUUACUCAAGAUGCUAGAAGGAACUAUAGUCAAUGUACCCGAUAAAGGAGCUAGGAGACAAUCUCGUGAGGGUAUACAGAUAAAUACCAAAGAUAUACUUUUCAUAUGUGGUGGUGCUUUUGUUGAUUUGGAAAAGACUAUUUCAGAUAGACGUCAAGAUUCGUCAAUAGGAUUUGGUGCACCAGUACGUGCGAGCCUGAGAGCUGGUGAACAGACAAAUUCUGCAGUGGCAUCAUCCUUGAUAGAAUCGGUUGAAAGUGGAGACCUUAUAUCAUAUGGCCUCAUCCCAGAAUUUGUUGGGAGAUUUCCAGUUAUUGUUAGUUUGUCAUUGCUAAAUGAAGACCAACUUGUUCAGGUUUUAACAAAGCCAAAGAAUGCACUUGGGAAACAGUAUAAGAAAACCUUUGAUUUGAACAAUGUAAAACUGCAUUUCACUGAUGCUGCUCUACGGCUGAUUGCAAAAAAGGCAAUGACCAAAAAUACUGGUUCCCGAGGUUUAAGAGCCAUUCUGGAAAGUGUUCUUACAGAAGCGAUGUACGAGAUUCCAGAUGUGAAGACCGGAAAGGAUAGAAUUGAUGCAGUUGUGGUGGAUGAAGAGGCAAUUGACUCCCUCAACAGGCCAGGGUCCGGAGUGAAAAUUCUACGAGGAAAUGGAGCACUAGAGCGCUACCUUUCCCAGAAUAAGGAAAAGAAUGACCACUCAGAGAGCGAAAUGGAGGGUGAAUCUGAGCUCGCAUCUGGAGCUGCCACCCUAUAGGCUAUAGCUUUUCUUGAUCAUCUUUACUAACUGGUUAAAUAAACCAUUACUUGAGGAGACAAAAUAAUCACAUAAUCACAUAUUAUCCAGUAGAGGAUAUUCUUGAAGCCAAAUUUUCCAAAGACAUGGAAAUCAUAAAUUUAAAUAGCAGGCAAAGUAGUAGCCACUGAGGAGACAACCACAAGGUGAAGAUUCUGACUCGGCAUCCAAAGAGAUUAGAAUAUAAUGUAUUUGUAAUUGUCAUUUAUUGUUGUAAUCAAGCAUUUGUUUUCAUAGGGGAAUGCUUCCUUCUGAUUUAUACUUAAUCUGUGUCAUUUAUCUAAACCUGAAACAUUAUGCUUUAACAGAAGGCAUUGGAUUUGUUUAUCAA